CGUCGUGCUUUAUUUGAUGCUCUUUUUGGUUUCUCUAGUAUCUAUUUGUAUUCCUCGUGUGUAGUCGAUGUUGACAAAAAAUCCAGUGCCUGUUGUUCCUUUAUCCAAAGGAAACACCUCCCCGGCGUCGCGACCAGUGGGGGGAUUUGCAAGCGUGAUUGCGACCUGCGGUUCUGGCACGACGGUCCGAUUGUUGAAGACCAUGGCGGCGCUAGUAAGUACAGGACUAGUGUAAGUACUGAGAUGAAAAUAAUCACCGGAUCUUUAUUUCGUAUGAAGCAUAUUAACCCGCCGGAACUGGUGCCAAACAUCUACUACAUACUGCUCAUCCCACAUCAACGGAGUUCUGAAUGGACGUGAAUCUACCUGUUCGAAUAGAUGGGCAACACUUUGAAGCACACUCUGCACAAGUGUCGGACCGGCCGCGAAGCGCUUGACAGACGCGAGGAGCUGCGAAAUCUGCCGUCCGUGAAGGUUAUCAAAUGCAAAAAUGUCUGGGUCUGGAAGAUUCUGGGAUUUGUGAUGCAUAUUUUGUAUGAUCCAUGAUGCAUGUAAUGCAUGAUCUAGCAUCACAGAUUUUUACAGGGCUUUCUGAUGCCCAUUCUGCAUGAGAAAUGCCCUCUCCGCGUAACGCAAACUGGACUCCUGUUGCUGGUCACGCAAUACAGAUUUUUUUGGAAUCCAAAGAGAGCAUGACAAGUUGCAAGCUUCCAGACCCAGACAUUUUCACAUUUGAUAAAGGUCGGCAGACACUACCGCGAGGACGUGGCAAAUCCGGACUCCGAGCAUGCUGCAGGAGGUUUGUUCGUGCCACAUGACGGAUCAUUUUCGUCACGCAAAGUGGACAUUUUUCCCUCGAGCGCCCCUCUGCCCUCCUCGACCACAGAAGGUUGUGACGCAAAAAAUUUUGACGGACCUCCGAGGAAGAACAUUAGCGGCACCACUUUGACGGCGCAACACACGACCUCCAGCAGUGGCACUACUAGUAAGAUGCUAGAAGUAGACCACAUUCAGUCAACGACGUCGCAGAGUCAGUUUUUUGGAAGUGCGACCUCUUGUUGGAGUUCUGGCACUACCUCGAAAGGCCCUGGUGGAGCAGGUGCCGGGCCGUUCUUCGGUAGUUCCUCUUCACGAACAACUCCGGAAGCAGGGCACAAAAGACGCGACUCCGACCUUUUUUCGGUUGUGGACCUUGCAGCGGAGGAAGAUCGAGCUGCGGCGGAAAACGAAGAAAUGAUAGAGCAUCGAGGCGAGCAGGAAAGCAACGAGUUCUUGCAGGCCGCUCCCCGACGUAGUGAAGAUGUGGCAACAAGUCCGGAAGAUGUGGACCUCCUCCUGGACGAGCUCUCGGCGGAGCGCCGACAGAGCAAGAUGUGCUUUGACUUCGACGACGCCAGCGAGCUCCGGCGGGCCAACGCGGCGACCGCGCGGAGCAAGCUGCAACAGGAGCAGCAGGCGAGUGCAGAGUUCGAUCGGAUUCUCUCCGGGCGAGGCGGUGCGGAAAAAGAAACGGCGCGGACGGUCAUGCAGCAGGGAGGAGCUGGACCACGCAAGCGGAGCUCGGUUGCCACCUCGAAGAGCAGUUCCUCCUCUAUGCACGUGAAGAAUUGUUACGUUUUGUUUGAUGGUUACAUGAUUUGUCAUGCAUAAUUAAGUAUAACACUAGGUGGCGCCACCGCCACUGCCACACUACUUCGCAUGACGAAUUCCCAAAGGACGGCCAGUCGGCAUGGAGAGAAUCUUUGCCGAAUAAUCUGAAUUUUUUGUAAUGCGAGAAUCGCAAAGGCAACUGCCCACCCUGCGUGUUUGGUAUUUAUCUUGCAUCAGAAAUUUAAGUAACAGCUAAACAAUGCAACGUUUGAGAACGCCAUCUCCUCCUCGAGCAGCACUUCGAGCUCGAGCGAUAGCGACACCAGCUCUGAUGAGGACUCGGGGGAUGAAGGUCCUUUGAUCAUGCUCCUUAUUUCGACCAUGUGUGCUCCUUUUGUAUUUGCAGGCGGCUGUAAAUCUGUCUACCAAAAAUGUUGAUCUCGUCUGCGUCGAUAUUAUUGAAUUGCAGUUUUUAACGGUACAGAAUCUUUUGACCGUAUAAUUUCUCUCUCCUCGAUUCCAGGUGCGGGCCCGGCGAAACGGAAAUCUACCCGCGGAACAAAUGUUGCGCAGAACAACCCGGGUACGUCUGUCGUCCCGCCGCGGCCUUCUACCUCCGGUCGAAUGUCGAAACGGAUAAGCAAGCACGCGAGCGGGCAGUUGCUGAGCGGAGGAGGCAGUACGACCAAGGGCGGGACGAUUAGCACUUCUGCGGGUAGCCUAAAUCCUGGCCCCACCAUGAACGAUUCGGCCUCAUCACAGAAGAUGAAAGCAGGCCAGCUGAUGCACAGCGGCCACAGGGACGCCCCAACUACAACCGGUGGUUUUGGAAAUCAAUCCUCGUCCUCGUCGACGACUUCAUCCUACACGACAAAUCAUAGCCUGCACCCAUCGCCAGAUCAACAUCUCCACAACCACUCCUCCGGGAUGAAAGCAAAAUCAGGCGGCGCGUCUCGGAAGAGCAAGCGCGUGUCGCGCUACCAGUCGCCGCUGUCCGAUGGCGUGGUGAGCACAGCAACCAAAUCCACCACCUGCUCCACGUAUCCGCGGCAGAUUUUUGUUUUACUAAGUGCUUACUUAGCUUACUUCUCUUGAGGUCCCUAAUGCAGAUUGUUACGGGUAGAUGUACUACUCUCUGUCGACUGACGAGGUAGUCACACAAGAAAAAUUUGUCUUGUAGGAGUAGCUGCCCAAUUUUUGUGAGGUGGAAUAAGUACUUCUCUACUAAUGCUACACUCUUUACGUGGGUCAUGCGAUUUAUUUCCCGAUACGGUCGCGCGCAUAGGAGUACCUCGCGGGGUACCGUACCCACAGCACAAGAAAUAUUAACGCAUCACCAGUGCUGUUGCAAACGAAAAUUUCACUGUUCCAGUGAAGGACCCAACUUCAUCUGGGAAGUAAAGCACUAACAAUUUGUUUGUAGCGUAUAUCACCACGACGCACAGUGCUUCGUCGGCUAUGUCAAAACUCUCGGAGCACUCGCCACUGACCGACAUCACGGACGAGGGUCCGUUGUGUUCUCCUCACCCAGAAGACGUAGACAGGGUCGUGAGACAGACUCCGACGUGUGGAGGUACUGGUCAGCAGCGGAAGCAGGAGCAGCUACAAGGUGAACAAGGGUCGUCGUCAUCAUCAUCUCCACCAGUGCAAGAAGAACCGCACCACCAGCAGGUGGACUAUCAUCUUCACACGAACAACAUGAGAAGUCUGGGACCGCGAACAACAAACGCGACUACAACUGUUCCCCAAAUAAGCCAAAGUUCUUAUCUCCAGCAGGAGACCGAGACCGACGUCGUGGCAAGAAGUCGAGCCACGCAGUAUUGUGAAGAAAAAUCCCCCCUUCCCAUAUUAAAAAGGCAUCCUUCUGAAAAUUUGUGAUGCAGAUUUGUGGUCACAAAUCAGAUCUGUCUUGUAAGAAAGCAAGCGCCGUUGUGUGCGCUGCAUUGUGGAUGCGGUUUCUCAUGCUGUUGGGCCUACAGAGCAGGCCUUUCUCAUGCUAAACACCUACGCGCUUACACUCCUAAACAGGCUGAGAAUCUGGCUGCAAUCCUAUACUGCAAGACAGACGUCAUUUGUGUACGCAAAUCCAGCAUCAGAAGCUUCGUCUUGACGAAGUUAGUUAUAUAGACUAUAGACUAAUACGAACUUGACUCAAAGGCUGUAGAGGAAAGUUCUGAGACCCUUAAACAGCAUUGGAAAUUGCGGCGUCCAAAUAAUCCUACUAGAGUUUACCGGGAAAGGUGAGUCUCCUGACCCUUUCGGUCGUCACCACUCCGCCGGUAUUCGUGCUUGCGCGGUACCUCACGAUGACGAUGAUGGUUUAAGUUUUUUAGGUAUAGUAUACAUGGGGACGCCCAGCCCUUAGCCAUCCAAAAUCAGAAGCUUCGUCUUGAGAUGGGGAGGGGGGAUGUUUCAAUUUGAUACGCAGGACGACGACGCUGACGCCCACCUCGUUUCGUCGACGACUAGAUCACCGCCGGAAGCGGCAUCAUCUCCGCCCCCGCCGUUUUUGCCGCUUCCGGUUUUGGACGAGCGAGAAGUUCUGGUGAUGGCCGCGAGCGGAGAUACGUCUACAAGAACCUCUACGUUUGAGCGAAGUAGAACGGGUCAACAUCUCGGAGUGCAACAAGAAGGCCUGCGCCCAUCCAGCACGAGCUCCACAAGUAGAACAUGUUCAAGCGACGGCGCGCUCGCGAGUGGGCCAGCGACGCACGCUCACAGCUGUGUGCAAGGUAAAGAGUCGCUCGCUCUUUCACAAGAACGGGAGAAAUAUCUCCCUUCCGCAGACGAGAACUUCCCAUUCAAGGGGAUUUUCGACGACGUGGCUCCGCGCGCCAUGCGGGCUGCCAUUCUGCGGUACCGCGAGGGACGGAAGUUGUGGAUGCAGUUCCCAAAGUCGGUGAACGACGUGAGUCCGCUGACCGGCAAUACACUGCUGAUGCAGAGCAUCGUCGACAACGAGUCUGAGGUCGCGAAAUACCUGAUAAUUCUAUCGGGCGGAACAACUUCUACCGCAGCUGCGUCGACGGCCUCUUGCCCUGGGGGCAGUGGAGGAACGUCAUCUUGGAUAAGCGUCGCGAAUAGCAGCCUAGGAGGAGGUGGAGCGUCUACGAAGGAAAACCUUUUCGCGACCUCCUGCUUCGAGGUAUCUUUUUAUAUCUUCUUUUUUAGUUGGCUGCAUUUUGUUUCUUUUUCGGUGGUAAGUACUUCAAAACAUCAAUUUUGGUUGACGACAAAGUGACAGUGAACGUCCUUGUCAUCCACACCAGUGUAAAAAUUUUACAUCAGCUAAUUGACCACCGCGCGGCGAAGACGGGCAACACAUGUCUCACGUUGGCGCUGGAGCUUGGGCAUUUUGAUGUCGCCGAACUGAUUCUCAAGCAUCCGCAGUUCACGCAGGUAGGAUCGUUCUUGUGCAAUUUUUUUAUCAACAGAAGCUUGGCAACGACAAUGUGCUGUCGCGGUGUCGUGCAGGAUAAAUGAUGAUGAUGAUGAUUUAUCUUGUUAUGCGCUCUCAUGCUGCACAUUCAUGCAACCAAAAGCAAAAUAAAAUUGCUUCAGGUAAGCGGGCGCACGCAGUUCAAGCGCGACGCGGUGUCUCUGUCGAUCGCGCGGGGCAAGCGGGUAUCAAAUGCAAAUAUGUCAUGCGGUUCUGGUGGAAGAAAAAGAAUGCAAGUUUGUCAUGCUCGGCUAGCAUGACUCUCAACAAGUCUGUCAUGCGCGUUACUCCCCAAAGCUCGUAAUUUUCUGUCAUGCAAAAACGCAGUUCGUCAUGUUGAAGAGACACCACCUAGCAUAGCUCAGAAACUUGUCAACGUGCUGAUCUGUCACUUGCGGCGUCCUCAUGAUUUGGCACUCAGCAUCACAAGUUUCCACGAGACAUCCAGGGAUAUUUGCAUUCGAUAGCGGGAGUUUCUGCGGACACACUUGCUGCCGCACCGCGGGCUUUCAGAUGCGGAUCGAACGCGGAUUUUGAACUACCUGGAACCAGGGAUGAAGUUGUAGUAGGUGGAAGAGACAUUGUCAUUGUCUUCUACGUAGACACUCAACAGCGGUUUCGAAAGCUGGCGCACGGAAGCGGAAGAAUGAGGAUGCUUUUCAACAAACAAACGCACAGUGCGUGACGAGCAUGCACGAAGAAAUGUCGUUUGUAAGUACAAGGCUUGUGCUUUUUUGGGUAGGCGAACAUGCUUUGGAACAUUUUUUAGGACCACUACGAUUUUUGCGUCGGGCACGCAGCCACAGCGCAGGUUGUAUUGUAUCGUAUUUUUGUGCAACGAGGCUGGGGAAGGAAAAAUCGCCGGGGAGGUACUAAGAGGUUGCAUUGUCGAAUGAUUGGUAUGGAAUUUUUACCAGGUAGCUUCUUUAUUGUUAAACGAAAUGAACACUACGAGUUGCAUGAGUACUUUGACUACUACAUGCUGUUACUGUUUUAAUGCCUUCCGUCCCGUGCCCGUGGUAUUGACCACACGCCGCAUUGGUCGUUCUUGACAAGACCGCCCAGGAGCUUGUGCCAUCACUCGUGACGCAACUCCACAAGUCUACUUCACCUGGGAAAAUGCGCACCACAAUAAGUACAUAAAGUUUCACCCCAUGAUGUUGAUAGAUAUUGCGCCGACUUCUUGCUGGAAAGACCCUCGCAAUACGAACACGACCAUAGAGCAGACGUCAAGAAAGCGAGGAAAUGGCUCUAAUACCUUCUGGUUGCGCGAUCGAUCAUGCUGCAAUCAUAGAAGUCCAGCAAUAGGGCAAGUACUUAUUUUUCCUCACGACCUUUCGAUCGCCGGUCAUCUUCGCGCAAGG